AUGAUCUUUGGUGCGAACCCCGGGAGGAACACACAUGGCCCAAACCUCAAGUCGCCUGGACCGAAUGGUCACCAAGGGGUCUGCAGGAGGGGCCUUGACUUCUUUCCCGAAUUACCCGAACUUGUCAUGGAAGACUACGCGUUCUCUCUGGGGACUGUGGACAACGGCGAAGUCGAUGGCAAGCAACGUCGCCACCUUUCGGAAUGGACAACAGACGCAGUGCGCCGUUCCCGAAUGUCUUUCUUGCGAGGAGGCAUCCAGGACGUAUCAGCAAUAUUGCUUCCCUCAGACUGCUCAACGCCUGCGAUGGUCCGAGUGGCAUUAAAACCGGGUAUGGAUCGACUGGAUAGUGUCGAAGGGUUGGAGACGGAACCGUGGAUAGGCAGUGUGGAAGGGACGAUAAGGCUGAGCAUCCUGCCGGUGUACAGUCUCGCAGACGGACGGUGCUGGAUCAUGCUUUCGGCAAGAGAGGUUGAGGAGGGAUCGCCCCGCAACCCGACCCUUACAAGGAUGACUUCAUCUUGGAGCCGCUCUGUUCUUCGUACCAAGGGAGCCUGUCUUGUUCUUACCACAAACGCCAUCGGGCACCUACAGGACAGCGAACCAGGUGAUUUCGAGCUUUUUGCUGUGGGUUUUGUGAGCCAGCUGUUCGACCGUGUUACAGAGGUGCUAUGUUCUCAGGCCCUUUCCCGGGUUCAGACCGUUGUACACCUGCCAGAGGCUUUGCGACAUGUUCACAGUUUCGGUGGAAAUCGUCGCAGUAAUGGCUUUGGGGCACGUACGCGAAAUUCUCUUACCAAAGCAUGGAUGAUGAUUGAGAGAGGCUACGACUGGGUGACCGGGGUUCUGUUGGUCAAUGACCGAAGUUCGGUGGUCAUGGUGCCAGUGCCCCUUCGCAGGUGUAGCGAACGGGGGGCAGGAAUCUCUGCUACCAUUCCGACUAUCUAUCUUCCGGUCGGAGACGAACGACAUACAUGGCGGGCGGAUCACUUAAAGAUCAACGAUGGAAAAGAUGCAGUGGGGUUAUCCGUCAACGGUGAAGGACGAAGGCAAAACAGGGUUAUGGAAGCGAUUGUCGGCAAUGCCGGCAGGUAUAUAGGUCAGGAAGGUGGCAUCCUUGUCAUCCUGAAGGACAAGGAAGGAACGUUGGUGGAUGCCACAGACGACGAUGUUGGACAGCGUACGCGGGAGACUAACACCGACAACGGUUUUCAGAAGCUUGAUGAGAAGGGUACGCGAUGUUGA